AUGAAUCUACAACAAGAUACUUUAGGUAAUAGUAUAAGAUUACAUGAUGAUAAUGAAAAUAUAACAAAAGAAGUUAUUAAUAUAAAUCAUUUACCAAUAGAAAUCUUAGUACUUAUUUUUAGUCAACUUGAUCCAAUAUAUUUAAAUAAUUUAAGAUUAGUUUGUAAGAAAUGGAAUUUUGUAAUUAAUGAUAAAGAAACAUGGAUGAAAUCAUUUACUAAAAGAUUUGGUUUACCACUUUACAUCACCAGUUUUCCAACUUUAACAAAAUCAAAUAAUUGGAUGAAUGAAUAUUUUACAAGGUUAAAAAUUGCAAGAAAUUGGAAAAAAUCAUCAUCUAUACAUAAUAUUUAUCAAUUAUUAAAUAAUGAAUAUAAAUUAGUAGAUCAAAUACUUACAGAUUUUCAAAUUGAUAAAAUUUGUUUAUUUGAUAAACGAAGUUGUAAUAUUACGAGUGGGAAUUUGAUAAAUGGUAAAAAUCAGAGUUUCAUACCUGGGGGACAGAUCUUGGAAAAUGAUGAUAAAUUAUUAUGUUAUGGUUUAAAUUGGAAUUAUUUGAUUAUUGGUACUCGAAGAGGUAAAAUAUAUUUAAAAAAUUUGAUCACUAGUACUUCUGUAAGUUCAAGAUUAAGUUUAAUUAAAUUUGAGGAUACUAGAGACUCAAUAAGUAGUAUUUUACUUAACUCAUUUCCUGAUAAGUCAAAAUUUAAUAUUGAUGUUAUUAGUGGUACUUCAAAUGGUGUUUUAAAAGGUUGGAAUUUACAAGGACAAUUAAUUAAAGAAGUAAAACUACAAGAACAUGUAAUUUUUAAUAUCAAAUCAGACUUUAACAAGUAUAUUAUAGUAAAUACAAGUCGUCAUGUAUAUAUAUUAAAUUUCCAGACGUUUGAGAUAAUAACAGAACAUGAAAUUGGUUUUGAAAUUGAGAGUGGUUCUUCACAUAUUGAGGAAAUAAUCAAAGAUAAAAACACACUAGAUGUAGAUUAUGGAUCCAAAAACAUUAUAUUGAAUUAUAAGAACAAGAUAAAGGUUUUUGAUUACAAUAAAGUUGAUUUUAUAAAAGAGAAAUACCUUGAGCUUGAAAAAGAUGUUUAUAUUGUUGACUCACAAUUCCAAACUACAGCAAGCAGUAAAUUAUUAAACAGGGAUAAUAAUAUAAUAGGUCAGGAUGGGUUAUUUUAUGGAAAUUUAUUAAAUGAUAAUAGUAUAAUGAUUUGGAAUAUAAGAACUGACGCAUCAACAAUUAAACCAAUACUCAAAUUCUAUCCAGAUUUGAAUCAUAAGAAGUUAUCAGUUGGUCUAUAUAAUGCUGUUGUGCGAUCUGACUUAAUGGAAAUUACUUCAUUUGCAUUUAAUUCUUCAGUUAUUACAGUUGGUGGAUAUAAUGGAUUAACUAAUUUAUAUGAUAUUUUCACGGGUAAAUUCAUAAGAGAAAUAUCAAUAAAGUUUCCAAAGAGGUAUAAUUUCCUACAUGAGAAUCUUGUGCCUAUAAACAUGAUUAAAUUGAAUCCGAAUAAUCAUGAAAUGAACGGGUUGAUUGUCUGUGCUGAUGUCAUCCAGUAUUUUCAAUUUGGUGAAAGAAAUGUUAUAUCUACAACUAAGAAGAAGAAAUUAUCAAAAGUGAAUACGGGAAGUAAUAGUAAAAGUAUAAAUAAAAAGAAAAUAAAAGAUGGUAUUGAAGAAUAUGAUAGACAAUUACAUCAAUCAAAUGAAACAAAGAAAUUAUUUGAUAAAUAUAAUGGUACUAAUUUUGAUAAUGAAGAAGAAGAAUUAAAGAUGGCAUUAGCAAUGAGUGAAAGUUUUCAUAAUAAUAAUAGUAAUAAUAAUGAUAUAAAUGAUGAAGAAUUUCAAAGAAUACUUGAAUUAUCAAAACAAGAACAAGAACAAGAACAAGAACAAGAACAAGAACAAGAACAAGAACAAGGUUCAUCUGAUAUUAGUGGUGAAUUUAGAAAUGGCGAAUUUACAAAUGGUGAAAUACAACAAGAAUCUAAUGAUAUAGACGAAGAAUUACGAAUGGCAUUGGAACUUUCAUUAAUAGAACAUUAA